AUGGAUCUGCUGAACCAGGUCGCCCCGAUGCACCUGCUGAUCGUGAGCCUCCGGAUGGUCGUGAGACUCCAGAAGGAUCCCCUGAAGGGCCCCUUGAUGAUCGUGAGCUUCCAGAAGGGGUCCCUGGCGGGCUUCCUGAUGGUCGUGAGCUUCCAGAUGAUCGUGGGCUCCCAGCUGGUUGUGAGCCUCCAGAAGGGCUCCUUGGUGGGCUUCCUGAUGGUCGUGAGCUCCCAGAAGGGUAUCCUGGCGGGCCCCUUGAUGGUCGUGAGCUUCCAGAAGGGCUCCCUGGCGGGCUCCCUGGUGGUCGUGAGCUUCCAGAUGAUCGUGAGCUUCCAGAUGAUUGUGAGCCUCCAGAAAGGCCCCCUGGCGGGUUUUGAAAUGGUCGUGAGCUUCCAGAAGGGUCUCCUGGCGGGCUUCCUGAUGGUCGUGCGCUCCCAGCUGAUCGUGAGCUUCCAGAUGGUCGUGAGCUUCCACGAGGGUGUCCUGACGGGCUCCUUGGUGAUCGUGAGCUUCCAGAAGGGCUCCCUGGCGGGCUUCCUGGUGGUCUUGAGCUUCCAGGUGAUCGUGGGCUCCCAGAUGGUUGUGAGCCUCCAGAAGGGCUCCCUGGUGGGCUUCCAGAUGGUCGUGAGCUUCCAAAAGGUUCUCCUGGCGGGCUUCCUGAUGGUCGUGCGCUCCCUGAUGAUCGUGAGCUUCCAGAUGGUCGUGAGCUUCCAGGAGGGUGUCCUGGCGGGCUUCCAGAUGGUCGUGAGCUCCCAGAUGGCUAUCUUGAGUUACCCCGAGCUGGAGCCUAGGGUGCGCCCACUUCUGCAAUUCUGUGUCGACCAGGCGAACAACGCGCUGCAGGAGGCGCAGGGGAACUGCGACACCCUGCGGGCCGAGUUUCCGGAG